AGUAGGUCUGGACUUUGAAACCGGACGCUGCAUAUACUUAUCCUCUUAAUUUGAGAAAAUGAAUUUGUAUUUGUAAUGAAUGUUUGCCUAGGUGACAAGCCACUGGAUUCCCCUCAUAAAUGACAGGACGGACAAGGAUAGCAGGGUACCAUUGAUCCUUGUGGGGAACAAGUCGGACCUGGUGGAACACAGCAGCAUGGAGACCAUCCUGCCAAUCAUGAAUCAAUACCAGGAUAUCGAGACCUGUGUAGAGUUGAAGCCUUCCUGCAUUAAGUCUUUAACUAGAAUCUUUAAAGUGUCCAACCUGGACAACGACGGCAUCCUUAAUGACAAUGAGCUCAACUUCUUCCAGAGAACAUGUUUCAAUACACCACUGGCACCUCAGGCUUUAGAGGAUGUAAAGAAUGUGGUCAGGAGGAACAUGACAGAUGGAGUCAAGGACAACGGACUCUCACUCAAAGGCUUCCUGUUCCUGCACACCCUCUUCAUACAGCGAGGUCGACACGAGACCACCUGGACUGUGCUUAGGAGGUUUGGUUAUGACGAUGACCUGGAGCUCACACAGGAAUACCUGUUCCCCUUGUAAGUUCAGACUCAAAGGUUAAUUGUGGCA